AUGGCUUCCAAGAUUUACAAUGUCGGCAUUGUUGGCUAUGGCUUCAGCGCCAAGGUCUUCCAAAUUCCCUUUGUGAAGGAGGUCCCAGAGCUCAAGCUUUAUGCAAUUGUCCAGCGCACCCCGAAGCCAGACGAUGACGCGGAGGAGGACCACCCCGGUGUGAAGUCUUUCCGUACCACCGAGGAGAUGGUCCAGGACCCCGCAAUCGACGUGGUGAUCAUUACUACUGCCCCCGAUUCUCACGUUGAGCUGUCCAAGCUGGCGCUUGAGGCUGGCAAGCACGUUGUCUGCGAGAAGCCCUUUACCCCCACCACCCAGGAAGCCGAUGAGCUCAUCGCCAUUGCGAAGAAGAAUAAUAAGCAGCUUGCCGUAUUCCAGAAUCGCCGCUGGGAUGCCGAUUUCGUAACUCUCUCCAAGCUCGUCAAGAACGGCUCACUUGGCCGCAUCUCCGAGUUUGAAACUCACUUCGACCGUCACCGCCCUGAGGUGCCUGCUGCUGACUCUCACAAGUGGAAGCACAAGUCCAUCCCCGGUAACACAGCGAUCCAUGAUCUUGGAAGCCACCUCCUGGAUCAGGCCGUGCACCUGCUUGGACUACCCAAGCGAGUGACCGGUUUCAUUGGCUCCGCCCGGGGAGUCACCUCAUCUUCAUUCGAGGACUCCUUCACCGUUCUGCUGCACUAUGCCGACGGCUCUAUGGUUACCGCCAAGGCGACCGUUGUCAGCCCUGAGGAGGAGCAGCUGCGCUUUUGGGUGCGCGGUGAUAAGGGUAGCUUCAAGAAGUACCACCUUGAUAUCCAAGAAGAGCAACUCAAGGCCGGCAUGACGCCCCAGGAUAAGGGCUACGGCUGUGAGCCCAGCGAGCGUUACGGUACUCUGACUACUAUUCACAACGGCAAGCCAGUCAAGGAGGUGGUUCCCACCGUGGAGGCCCCCACCUACACUGAGUACUACCGCAAGCUUGUCCGCGCUCUCAAUGGCGAGGGUGAGCUCCCUGCCAGCGGCGUGGAGGCUCGUGAGAUCAUUCGUUUGAUCGAGUUGGCUCGCGAGAGUUCCCGCACUGGACGUACUUUGGACGUCUAA